AUGUAUUUGCCGGCGUCGCAGCUGGAGGCGCUGUAUUUGAGGAGGGUGUCGCCGACGCAGCAGAUUAGGCUCACGGCGGUGAGCGACUCGAAGCUCAAGAGUGGUGGGACGAUAAUGGCCAUGCUCCAGCAAGACACCGGCAAGUGGUGCGCCGAGUAUCUCUACAUCACCGACGGCGCCCUCAUUGGCGCCCGCGGCCUCUACAACUUUGGCCGCGACCCCCGCAAAUCUGAUCCCCCCACCGCAACCACCGAGUACGCCGGGCGAUUCAGCAUGGGAGCGGAACUCUACUACGGGAUUCUUAAUAAGAGCGCUGGAAUGUCGACGGGUUUCCGCUACAGCACACUCCCCACCCACCCCGGUACGCCAUUGACAAUGACCCUAACCCUGAACCCACUCAUUGGGCAUCUCUCGGCCACCUACGCCAUCAGGGCGGGAACGUCGGCGGCGUUUUGUAGCAGGUUCGAGUUUAAUAUGUACUCGUAUGAGAGCGACUUGUCGGUAGGGUGUGAGCUGUGGAGGCGCCGCUCGAGUGAGAAUAAGACAACAGGCGGCGAGAAGAAGUCGCCGAGGGAGGAAGAGGAAGAGGAGGAGAUUAAGGAUAACUUCGCCGGUGUUCUGAAGGCUAGGGUCUCGCAGAGCUUGGGGCUUGGGCUGCUCUGGGAGGGGAGGAUCAAGCAUUUGCUUUUUAGUGUGGGCGCGGGUAUUGAUUUGAGGAGAAGGGAUGCGCCGUUUAGAGCUGUGGGUCUGGAGUUGCAGUACUCGUCGUGA